AUGUUUUCCACGUUGGUGGAGAAUUUCCAAGAGAAUGAGCCUCUUUUUGACCAUCCGUUGCUCUUUCCGGCGCCCUCCGAGUCCGAGAUCGCCCAUUUCCAGAACGAAAGGCUGCUCCAGGGCACCAUCGAGUCUGCCGUUUGCCAUCUCACGUCUCCUGGGUCGAUCGACUACCAGUUUCUUGUCGACUUCUUUCUGUCAUAUAGGGAGUUUAUAGAGCCAUUGCCGCUGCUCGAACUGCUGCUUUGCCGGCUCACCUGGGCCCUCAAACGGGCCAACAACAUUUCUCCCUUAGAGGACAAUACACAAGCUCCGCCAAUGGGGCAGGCAUUCUACUCGGCGAUCUUAGUGCGCACAUUUGUGAUGUUACGCCAUUGGCUGCUCAACCAUUUCCCCGAUUUUGUCAAGGAUAGACGUCUAAGACAGCUGCUCUGUGGGGCUCUCAACGAGAUCGCCACGCGGGACGAGUUCCGCGGCGAGCCCGAUUCGCUGUGCACGAAGGUGAUCGUCGACCUGAAGAAGCUGUAUGCACGCAUGUGCAGCGCAUACUGGGACACCGGCGACGUGGUGGACGGUCUGGCCGAUGCGGUGAAUGCGCACGAGAACGCCCGCAAUAUGCGUGUGAGCGCGCUGGGUUUGCAGCAGCUCAGGGACAAGAACGUGCGCCGGUCGCAGAUCUUGUCCGUGGUGGAAGGCAGCGGUGCCCACGCCGAGGAGACAGCGAUUUUGCAUCCGAAAGCGUCGCUCAACUGUCUCGCAAACCAGUCGCCGCUAUACGACGAGAUUCUGGGCGACGUCAAGGCCACGCCGAUCCAGGGCGUGCGCAAGCUGAGCCAGCUGAUGGAUCUGGAAGACAAAGAGAACGGAUUUUGUUUGAACGGCAAGGUGGACGUUUUUACAGAGAGCAAAGUGGAGAAGAUCACGCCGACGACGCCGCUGAAGAAACUGGUUAAGCCAAACCAGAAACACACACACGGCCCGCGCAAAACACGAAAAUUGUUCCAUCUAUUCAGCAAGCCGGAAACAACGCGUGCAAAGACAGUGGUGAGCGAAAUUCCAUUGUUGGGGUCCGACAACGUCGACCUGCUCAGUUCCAGAGUGAUUACCGAGUUCGGCUACUACCAGGAACAAGCACAGACGCGCCGACCGGUUCCCAAGGCAGCAGCUGCGCCAGCUGCACGUGAUUCAUCUGAGCUGUUCAACGCUGAAGUUUACGACCAAUCACCAACAAAGGGGAAAGAAAAGCGCACGAUGGACGACACAGAAGAGAUUUUGAAUGCGAUCAACCAUUCGAACGGCUCGUUUAGAACACCUUCUGUGAGUAUCAACUGGUCUUCGUUUGCUGACGGUACCGUGAUGGAGGCCGACGUUGAGCGGAUCUUGGAGCAAGGAGCAGAGCCGAGCCAGAGCUCGGCCAAAUCGUACAUGUCUUACGACUCGGACCUUUCAUCCCGUCACUCGCGACAGUCCAGCGGACACCAUAUGCUAAGAAAGAAACUGUCAUUCUCAAACUUGAGGGAACAGGAGCAGGAGCAGGAAAGAGAAGAGAAGACAGAAGAAAUAGAUCCCGAGAUGCCCCGGAUAGACGAGAUCACCUCGCAGCCUACACUCUACCUCUACGAGCUUCCCUUUUUCGGCACGUCUCUCCCCCACGAAGACGAUUUUGAGUACGAAACAGAAACGGCCUCCAUCAUACUGUCCGGGUCGUACCAUCUGCCGUACCCCGGCAUCUCCGAGAACGCCAUUGCCGAGCUGGCUGCCAUUCCAGACGAAAAAUACACCGACAACCCAGUCAACCACGCAUUGCUGAAGCUCAGAGGACAGCAGCCUGCUGCACAGCCCCAGGUGGUUUACGGGCUAAAUGACGAGCACUCACAGGAGUCGGACUCGAGCCUGGACGAGGUAAAGCUGGAACGCAAGGUCCGCGACCUGUUUAUCCAGCCAGCAGCCACCAAAACAGAGCAAAAGGCGCCAACACCGUACCGUUUCUCGGUAGCACGGCAUUCUGUUGCUAGUCACGUUUCCAAAUUCACGCUCCAAUCCUUAUCGAACACGCCCAGCAGGACGCUUGCCGUUCCCUCUGGACUAUCUGUCGAGGAAAUCAUGUACAAGGGCACGCACGUUCCGUUUAUUCUGGGCCACGAGUCGCACGUGAUUGCCAAGCAGCUGACCCUCAUCGAGCGGGACUUUCUGCUCGAAAUCGACUGGCACGAGCUGAUAGACCUUGAAUGGGACAAACCUCUGGAGCCCUACAACUCUUGGCUCAGACUGCUGUUUGACGAGCAGUCCAAAACAGGGCUGCGGAUGAUCACCCUGCGGUUCAACCUGGCCACCAACUGGAUCAUCUCUGAGAUUCUGCUGUGCAAGUCUGUUGCUCUGCGUGCGCUCACGCUAUCGCGAUUUAUACACGUUGCCAACAACUGUCUCAAAAUGCAGAAUUACUCCACCCUGUACCAGAUUGUGCUGGCUCUGAACUCAUCGAUCAUCAAGAAACUAAAGACCACAUGGAACACGGUGGACGUGGGUGACCUGCUGCUCUUCAAGAAACUUAAAGACCUGUGCAGUCCAGAACGCAACUUUGCCAACUUCCGUGCCGAGCUGCGCCAGAUCCGUGCGUCCAAGGGCAUCAUCCCGUUCUUGGCGUUGGAUUUGAGCGACCUCACGGUCAACAGUGAGCGGCCGACCACGACCGUCGCGGAAUACGAAUUGAUCAACAUCGACAAAUUCCGCGUCUCAUGCGGUAUCCUCAAGAACAUGCUCCGCAACAUCGAGUACUCGAAAAUCUACAAUUUCCAGAAACACCCGCAACUGCUGUCCAAAUGUCUGUAUAUUAGCUGUUUGAGCGAGCAGGAGAUGGAUUAUUGUUACAGCCAUCUAGAAGAGUGA